CCCAAUGAAAACAAAUUUUUUUCGCUGUUGCAGGGUAUUGUAGUCCUUUGGUUGACUGCUAUGAUUCCACAAGCAAGGCCUCCCCAUUGCAAUCUAUACAAGGAGAGCUGCAAAUCGCCGAGUUCAGCCCAGUAUGCUAUUCUUCUUGGUUCUUUUGCCCUCGUGUCUAUUGGAGCCGGUGGCAUUAGACCAUGUUCUAUAGCAUUCGGAGCAGAUCAACUAAACAAUAGAGCUGGUCGCCAGAAAUUCUUUAGCGGGUACUACGCUGCAACUGCUGUUGCAGUUUUGUUUGUUUCCACAGGCAUUGUUUACCUUAUAGAUCGUACCGGUUGGAAAAUAGGGUUUGGAAUUCUAGCAAUCCUCAUGUUCUUGUCUGCUCUCUCGUUCUUCCUCGCUUCCCCUAUUUAUAUCAAGCAGAAAGCAACCUUGAGCUUGUUUACUAGUCUUGUGCAAGUGAUGGUGGUUUCUUUCAAGAACAGAAGGGUAGCAUUCCCAUCUCAGACCUCGAUUUUGGGGUAUCAUAACAAGGGCUCAACGUUGUCAGAGCCAACUAAUAAACUUAGGUUCUUAAACAAAGCUUGCAUCAUCAGAAACCCCGAGGACCUAACACCAGACGGAGCAGCCUCGAAUCCAUGGAAGCUCUACACUAUAGAACAAGUUGAAGAACUCAAAUCACUCGUCAGAGUCAUGCCAUUGUGGUCUUCAGUUAUCAUGAUGUCGAUAAACGUAAGCCAAGGUUCAUUUCAAUUACUCCAAGCUAAAUCCAUGGACCGACACGUAACAUCCAGCUUCUCAAUCCCAGCAGGCUCGUUCGGCAUGUUCACAAUCGCUAGUGCAGUACUUUGGAUCAUUAUCUUCGAUCGUGUGAUCCUUCCCUUAUCAUCGAAAAUCAAAGGAAAACCUGCUCACGUUGGCUUAAAAAUGAGAAUGGGUCUAGGCCUAUUUUGCUCUUUCCUAGCCAUGGCGGUUGCAGCAACCGUAGAGCAUUUUCGAAAAACAAAGGCAAUAGAGAGCGGGUUUUUGAACAACCCGCUAGGAGUGAUUCCUAUGUCGGCUAUGUUUCUCGUGCCACAGCAGGUCUUGAAUGGAAUGGCUGAUGCGUUCAAUGCAGUUGCCCAAAACGAAUUCUUUUACUCUGAAUUGCCAAAGAAAAUGUCGAGCAUUGCUAUGUGCAUGGCUGGGCUUGGGAUGACCAUGGCCAGCUUGUUAGCGAGUGUUCUAAUACACACAGUGGAUAAACUAACUAGAAGAGGAGGGAAGGAGAGUUGGCUCUCGAAUAAUAUUAAUAAGGCCCAUUACGAGAGUUAUUAUUGGCUUCUGGCGAUUAUGAGCGCGAUCAAUAUAUUUUAUUUUCUUCGAUGUAGUUGGGCUUAUGGACCGUGCUCGAAUGAAGGAUUGUUUACACAUAGACAUGAGGGGGAAGAGUUGUCUGAGAUUGGGAAUGGAGAUAAUAAGGAAGAAGAAGAGAUGUCUAAGAUUGGGAAUGGAGAUAAUAAGGAACAAUAAGAGAAGUCCAAGAUUGGGAAUGGAGGUAACAAGAAUGAAGGAAAAGAAUCCAAGGGAGAAGAGGUAUAGAGUAUUAUUGCAUUACAUUUUGAGGAAUACCCAAUUGUGUUGUAGAUUUGUUGUAUGCCUAAAAAUAAAAAUUUGUGUUUGUAGUUUUGGGAUUAUCAUUCCUAAUAUCCAUCCAUUAUAGAGAUUUAUGCAACACGCUUUACAAUUCUUUGUCUUGUGUGAAAUUUACG